UUGCUCUAGUCGUUUCAAUGGAUUGUCAUCAUGCCCAAGCCCUAGACUUAGCUGUCCUCAGCCAACUAUGGUGCUCCCGAGAUUGUCAUGGUAUGCUGCCGGAGCUCCAAUACGAUGUAGCUCAAUUUCUUGGCACGCGAGAACCAGGUUUGGUCGAACGUGAUUGUGCACGUCUGAGAGCGGAGCAACUGCCAUCACUGAUAUUCAAUCGGAAGGGCUCCCUGUGGGUCGUAGAUGAAUCUUCGAGAAGGGUAGCCAGAGCCCGCUGCAUCGACAGUUCCGAAACGACAUCGAUCGAACCCAUCAGGAACGGCUAUAGGGUUUGUUACGACUACGACGACGUCAACGACAGACUGUAUGCCUUCGACUGCGAAUACCAUAGAAUCUUCGUGUACAAGCUCGAUAAUCCCGAGUUCUGCCAAGAAAUCGAUGUUGGCUCUUACGACGAAUAUGCAAUGAGCAGCAAGUGCCGAUGUCUCGAUGGACUUGUCUUUCUCGCCUAUGUCAAUACUGAACGCACCACUGCGCUGCGCUGUAUCGACUUGAGGGACACUGCAAAACCCACUGAGGCGCGAUUACUUUGGACGUAUGGUGGUCGAUUUUAUGGCAGUCGACUUAGAGAUUUCAUUGUGAGUCGAGUUCCUGGGCAGAGAGGACACUAUACUUUCGCAUACGUGUAUGCUGAUGAAGUCAUCCGCGUAGCGUUGGAGCUGAACGGUCCUCCAACUCACUCCGCACCCUACCGGGAGGUUGUUAGUUCUAUCCCCCGUGGACGCAAUUACAUCCGGGAUAUCAGGGUGAUUACUCCCAACACGGUUCUGGUCAUCGACUCCAGCCAUCCUGAAGGCUCCUGCUCUCUACAUAUUUUCCAGUUUAGAGCUGACGUGUGGCACAGUUGUCACGAACUCAUAGCCUUUCCAGUACGCGGUCUUUAUGAAGUCGCAGCGCGUCCCGAUGGGCUCAUAUAUAUGGUCUAUUCAAUUCGUGGUAGAAGUGGAGAAAUUCUGCUGAAGACAUACGAGUGCGUGUGGUCGUAACAUCGCUUUGCUGUACUCGACAUGGCAAGAAAGUCGAGAUUUGAUUGGUUUCGUUAUUUCAAUUUUCGUCGUCUACACGUGAUAUGAUGACGCUCAAUGAGUUAUCAUUAUAUCGUGC